AUGGCGACCGAGACCACUCCUGUUAAUGGCCUGUACGGGGCAAACCAGUACGGCCAGCCUGCUGAACUUGCCGCCUCUACUCCCUCUGCGCCAACUCAUGCUACCUCCGCUUCUCAAAGUACUACUACCUCCACCACCCAGCAGAAGGCAGACCCUCAAGAGAUUGGCUGGUAUUUUGUCGAGCAGUAUUAUACAACUCUGUCCAAGAGCCCGGAAAAAAUUCAUCUGUUCUACUCCAAGAAGUCACAACUGGUCACGGGCGUCGAGGCUGAGAAAGUUGUUCCAGCUGUUGGGACAAAGGCAAUCAGCGAGAAGAUCAAAGCCCUUGACCUCCAAGACUGCAAAGUGCGCGUCCUCAAUGUCGACUCUCAGGCCUCGUUCAACAAUAUUGUAGUCCAGGUUAUCGGCGAGAUGUCCAAUAAAUCAGAGCCGCAUCACAAGUUUGUGCAGACUUUUGUCCUGGCCGAACAACCCAAUGGUUAUUUUGUCCUCAACGACAUCUUUCGCUACCUCAGUGACGACGAGGAUGAGAUUGUUGAAGACGAACAACCUCAGCCGGAAGUCCCUGCGGAAGAACCCCCCACCCCUGCUGCAGGUGUGAACGAUACCCCAUCUCACGUUGACGACGUCGUUGCUACUGAAGACGCAGUCGAGAAGGUCGACGAGAAACUGGAGGAACAAAAGGCAGAAGAAGCACAAGCAGCAGAGGAACCAGCUGAGGUCAAUGGCGAUACCGUUCCCGCUCCUGCAGAACAAGCUGAGGAAGCUCCUGAGCUCUCAGGUCCUAAGGACGAGGCUGUGGCCAAUGAAGUUGCCGAACCUGCCGCAACCGAGCAACCUGCUGAACCCGAAGUGGUUGCUGCUGAGCCCGCCCCAGAGGCAGCUGCACCAGCUUCAACUCCUGCUGAAGCGCCUCCUGCAAAGAAGACUUGGGCCAGCAUGUUGGGAGGUGGCGUCCAAAAGCCAGCUGUCCCAGCCCUUCCUUUAACUCCGCCGCCGCAGCCAAAGGCUGCCCGGCCGUCGCAACCUACACAGGCCCCCAAAGCUCCCGUUGAAUCUGUUCCAACCGCCACAAACACCACUUCCAGCACCCCGACCUCACAGAGCAAUGGCUGGCAGACUGCAGAUCACAGCAAGAAGAGCAACCGACCACCGAACCGAGCUGUCUCAGAGGGAAUUACAAUGGCGUACAUUAAGAACGUUAACGACAAAGUCGACGCCAGAAUCCUUCGAGAGGUUCUCGAGAGGUACGGUGAGCUCAAAUAUUUCGAUGUGUCACGACCUAGGAACUGUGCUUUUGUCGAGUUUGUUGAUGCUGCCGGAUACGCUGCUGCUGUUGCUGCCAAUCCUCACACUGUCGGUACUGAGCAGAUUCACGUUGAAGAGCGUCGACCCCGCCCAAACGCAUAUGGCGGCAGCAAUACUAAUUUUAACCGUACCGGUGGAACCACCAACCGUGGCCGGGGUGGCAUGCAGGGUGGCCGUUCCGGAAGUCAGACCAACUUUCCAAAGGACGCAGGCCGUGGUAGUGGUUACCAACGGGGUGGAAAGCCUGGCACUGGCACCGUCACUCCGAAGGGGCGUGGCCAAGGACAGACUGCUUGA